ACCAUUCAUCGCCGUGCAGCCGCUCUGCGCCGGGCUGGAUCUGGAGGGAGCGCUAGUUCUGGAUCCCAGGGUCUGUGGAGCGGCGGAGAGUCGUCUGCACGGUGCGUUCUGCUGCAGCCUGCUCCGAACCGAACCAGCCCGCAUGGAGACGCCGCCGAGCCCCGACGUAACGCACCUCUAAAGGCUUCAGGGCGCCGCUUUUUUUGUCUAGCCCGAAGCAGGACAGCCCCCGGCUUUUCCUCCGCUUUCCGCCUCUCCGCGUCUCUCCCACUCCACUGCGUUCCCGUUUUUGUAGUUUUUUUUUUUUUGUUUGUUCCUUGGAAAGUAAAGCGCCGCUGCCUGCUCCAGUCUACCUGCUCGCCCAGCACCCAUGAAUUCUGAUAAAAAUGUGUACCUCGGCAGGGACAAAGGCAUCAUGCGGAAGAGAGCCCUGCUGCUCAGGAAAGGUUGCAGCUUCGAGAUUACCAGCUCUGCGUCAGAGGACUUGGGCUGCAGGCGCGGAGACUUCAGCAGGAAGCACUAUGGGUCGGUGGAGCUGCUGAUUUCCAGCGAUGCAGAUGGGGCCAUCCAGAGGGCAGGUCGCUUCAGGGUGGAGAACGGCUCGUCGGAUGAGACGUCAGACUACGCACCAGGAACCUGGAGGAGAACCGACGUCCAUCUGGAGAAUCCAGAGUACCACACCAGAUGGUUCUUUAAGUACUUCCUGGGGAAAGUCCACCAGAACUACGUGGGUACGGAUGCGGAGAAGAACCCCUUCUACCUGUCGGUCGUCCUCUCGGACCAGAACAACCAGCGGGUUCCUCAGUACAGAGCCAUCCUCUGGAGAAAGACGGGCACUCUGAAGAUCAGCCUCCCCUACAGCCCCAACAAAACGCUAUCAGUCAAGUCCAUCCUCAGUGCCAUGAACAUGGACAGGUUUGAGAAAGGCCCCCGGGAGAUCCUGAGCCCGGAGAUUCAGAAGGAUCUGCUGGUACUGGAGGAGCAGGAGGGUUCUGUCAACUUUAAAUUUGGCGUCCUGUACGCCAAAGACGGGCAGCUCACAGACGACGAGAUGUUCAGCAACGAGGUGGGGAGCGAGAACUUCGAUAAGUUCCUCAACCUGCUGGGCGACAGCAUCACGCUGCAGGGAUGGGCCGGGUACCGCGGAGGCCUCGACACCAAGAACGACACUACGGGAUUCAAGUCCAUCUACACCGUGUACCAGGGCCACGAGCUCAUGUUCCACGUGUCCACCAUGUUGCCGUACUCUAAAGAGAACAAACAGCAGGUGGAGAGAAAACGGCACAUAGGAAACGACAUCGUCACCAUCGUAUUCCAGGAAGGGGACGACGCGUCGUCGUCCUUCAAGCCGUCCAUGAUCCGCUCGCACUUCACGCAUAUUUUCGCGCUAGUCAGGUACAAUAGCCAGAACGACAGCUACAGGUUGAAGAUCUUCUCAGAGGAGAGCGUUCCGCUGUUCGGGCCCCCUCUGCCGUCGCCGCCCCUUUUUACCGAUCACCAGGAAUUCAGGGACUUUUUAUUAGUCAAACUAAUCAAUGGAGAGAAAGCCACACUGGAGACGCCAACGUUUGCCCAGAAGCGACAGCGGACCCUCGACAUGUUGAUCCGCUCGCUCUACCAGGACCUCAUGCCGGACCUGCACAAGGUUCCCUUCUCUCCUCAGAACAUGUUAAACCGGAGGUCCUUCAGCGACGUGUUGCCCGAGUCCCCAAAAUCGGCUCGCAAGAAGGAGGAGGCGCGUCAGGCCGAAUUCGUCAGAAUAGGCCAGGCUCUGAAACUGAAGACCAUCGUCAGAGGAGAUGCCCCAACUAGCCUGGUUACAACAGGCCUGUACAGAAAGGAGCCAUGGGAGUCCCAGUCGUUCUGCAGCACAUUCCCCUAUGAGAUUGUGUGCUCUGACUCCUGGGGUCAGUCCCUCCUGGUUUCCACCGACGCCGCGGGCGUCAUGCUGCUGGAUGGCCCUGAUCCAACUUCGUCCAACACUGAGACACAGACUCUGCAUCCAGUGCAGGUCUUUGACAAAACCAUGGUGGUCAAGCAGUUGCAUGUUCUCGAGCCUCAGGACCUGCUUAUCACCAGAGCCGACAAAGGGAAGGACGCUCGCCUUUAUGUGUUCAGACUGGGCGCGCUCAGGAGAGGCCUGGAGGAGAGGCAGCUGGUCAGGAGCAAAUGCGACAGCCGGGAGAAUAAGCUGGAGAAAACGAAAGGUUGUCAUUUGUACUCUAUCAACACCCACCACGGCUCCGAGCUGAGGAUAGUAGCCGCCAUCAGGAACAAACUCCUGCUCAUCACCAGGAAACAUCCGCGGUGCGAAAGCGUGAGCGCCGCCGCCGCAGGGGCCGACUCGCCGGUGGAGGAGUUCCAGUACAUACGGGAGAUCUGUCUGUGUGACCCGCCCGUGGUGAUGGCGCUGGUGGACGGACCCACGGGGGAGAACGACAAUAUGAUCUGUGUGGCGUACAAGCACCAGUUUGACCUGAUCAAUGAGAGCACGGGAGACGCCUACAGGCUGCAUCACGUAGACGCCAACAGGGUAAACUUUGUAGCUGCCAUUGAUGUGUAUGAAGACGGGGAGGCAGGUCUGCUGUUGUGCUACAACUAUAUUUGUUACUACAAGAAAGUUUGUCCGUUUAAUGGCUCCACGCCCAUGAUCCAGUCCAACACCUCCGACUUCCACUUCAGCUGGAACCAAAUGCCCAAUUCUAUCGUGUGCGCGUUCCCGUACAUCCUGGCCUUCACGACGGACUCCAUUGAGAUCCGACUGGUGGUCAACGGCAACCUGGUGUACACGGCGGUGGUCCCUGAGCUGCAGCUGGCGGCCUCGCGGUCGGACAUCUACUUCGUCUCGUCCGCUCCGGUGGGCUCUGCCUCCAACUGCAGCUCCAGAGACACCAGCUCCCAGAGUUCCCCGCAGACGCCCACGGGCUACGAGCUGCCGGCGUUCCCCUCCCCGCUCGGCGACGAUUCAAUUCGGAUCCCCUAUGGUACCAAGCUUUCCCUGUACAUGUCUAAGGAUGCUGAAGGUGAAGCCGCAUGUAAACACAUCUUCAAGAUCCCUCUGUGUAACUUGGUGGGCCGCAGUAUUGAAAGACCCCUCAAGUCCCCAUUGGUCAACAAGGUGCUGACGACGCCCGCAGCGGUUAUGGUGCCCUCGACUCCGCUCAUCUCCGCCACGCACUCGCUGUCCUUGUCCCGCAUGGAGAUCAAGGAGAUCGCCAGCCGCACACGGAAGGAGCUGCUCGGCCUGACAGAAGAACCCAGUGGGAAGUCUGACAGUGGCACAGUCAAACAGAGGAAGAUGAGCAAGAAGAACACUGAGGAAGAGCCCAAAGCACGAGCCCUCACAUCCACCAACAGUGACAGGUUAGCGUCGGAGUCCACCGGCGCCGACCUGGAUGUGCAGCUGCAGUGUUCGCCCAGUCUGGAGGCCGCGCCGGAGAAGGUGCUGCUGCGAGCGGACAGCCCGCCCCUCGCCAGCGCCUUCCCCCUCCCCACGUCCUUCGAAGAAGACGUCCUGGACCUAAAGUGAAGACAAUCCCACCGUGCACUUCUCUGCCGCCGCCGCCGCCACUCUUCUGUUCUUCUGGUUCAGUUCAUUUAUACCUCCCAGUAACUCGUGCCCCCGUUCAUCGAACAAAGUGAGCGCAGAGCAGUGUGUGCGAGCGAGCGUGUGCGUGUGUGUGUGUGUGUUGUUUUUGUGAGCAGCAGUCCCCAUAACCGUGUGAUGGGUGUUUGUGUUGCCCCGCAGCAAAUAACCCAAAGAGGCGGAGGAGGGCGCGUGCGUUGCCGGGGUUUGUUCAGAGUUGCGCAACACCUUCGAGAGGACGUUAACGGUUUGAUCCCAAACCACAAGCUGAAUGUAAAUCGCACCAAGGCAUGACAUGAAGUUACAAUGUCCUCUGAAAAUGCUAGAGCUUAAUAUUUGUUGUAUAUUCUGUGAUUAUUUCCAGUCCACUUUCAAAUAUUGUAUGAUAUAAAUAUGUACUGUAACUGUUUAUACAUGAGAAAUGCAACACGGUGACAGGUGUCCAAGUCUGUCAUGCCUGAGAUGCAUAUUUAUAGAUAUAUAAAUAUAUAAAUCAAUUUUAUUCCCUUAUUUCAUCAAAGUAUGAUGUUUUAUGCCGUCUGCACAUACUAGUCCUUAUUCUUCUCCUCCAUCACAAUUCACAGGCCAACAGGGCUGGAGGCAAAGUCUCCCACAAGUGCCAUUUUCCAGCAUUUCCACUGAAGUACACCUCAAACAGUAGCAGCCAUGAUUGUAGUCCAUGAUUGAUGCCUACAGUGACCCACAAUUCUAUUCAGGUUAGACUGCAACAAAUCAGUGACGUCAUUAGAAUAAACUUUGGCAGGAGUAUGGAUAGUGAAGGGACGUUGAUGUGUAUUGACUUAUUAUGGUAAAAGCGAAUAGUAUAAUGGAGUAAACUGUAUAAAAAUAAUAUAAUGGAAUAAAUUACACAAGCUAAAAAUUGUUAGAAAAUAGAAUAUAAGCUAAAAAUGAAUACAGACUGAAAAAUAAAUGCAACUAAAGUAUAGUGUGAAAUGUUUGUAGUUGAGGAAAAUGAACUUCAAAGCGUUUUUAAUAGAUUAUUUAUAUUGCACACGCAUACACACCAGGAGGUUCCAGCCGUUACCCAAGCAAAAAUGAAAUUCACGCAUAGUGCUCCCUCCUCCUGCACAUGACAGUAGUUCAAAAGUCUCAUGCAUGAAAGGCUUCAAACUAAAACCCUUGUUUCAGACCUUUUGACAAAACACGUACUGUAUGUGGUGAAUUUUUACUGCUGUAAGCGGCAACACUGAUGCAGUAGGUACGUUACCGUAAAUAUUAGAGUAGCAGCCCACACAGGACAGGGUCCAAACCAAACUUCAGCAAAUGUGUCCCGUCCCUUUAAAUUGUAAAACAUUUCCACUUUACCACUGAAGGUGUGUCGUCCAGGUACUUUAAAGGCUCUCCCUCCCUUGGGGCUGUGUUUACUGGGGCCAGGUGUGAACAGUGACCUCCACUUAACCCACCGGCGGCAGCUUAGCCUGGGGCCCAGAUCCUCCUCGUUUGCCCAGUAAACGAAGCUGUUCUUUCCAGAUCAGCAGUAUAAACAUAGCUCUCCUGAGGAAUGCAUUGACUGCGUCCUUCGAGGUGGGACCUUAACAAAUGUGCACUAGGUUGUCGGCGAAACCAAAGGUGAACGAUGCAACAAACUGGGAGCAGUGGUCUCGGCCGUGUUGGUGAUGGUGGUUUCACAACACGGCAGCCUUCAGCUCCUCUUUUCCCCUCAUGCAUUCUAAUCUGUUCUCUCCAACACUAUAACACAACAACAAAGGGAAGAAGGAGGGGGGUAUUUUUAUGAGGGCACUCUACUUUAGUGUUUCUUUCUCUGAAUGAGUGUGGUGCCUGGGGAACGCUGCCUCUCCUAUUUCCAUUUUUGCUAUUUCUCCCGUAUUUCUGUCGAGUACUCUUCGUUUCUACCUCCCCUUGGCAUUUUCACCGUUUUACCUUUUGAUUUUAUUUUUGUAUUUGACUCUAUAUGUACUGUUUAGACUGUUGCUGAACCUUUCUGUGAUAUCAAAACACAAAAAAAUUAACAAAAAAACACCAAGUGUCUUACAAUAUUGUAUCGCCAUUGUUUUUAAUGCCAAGUACUACUUGUAAAUGUUUGUGUAUCAAAUGUGGCCUCAAAUGAAACUAAACUAUAUUAUUAUGAUUAUUAUAAUUAUUAUUUCAUUUAUUUUAAACAAGUGCUGUAGACCACUGCUGUGAAAGUAGUCAAUUCUGUUCCUUGAUAUGUAAUAAAUAUUUAUGACAUUUGAACAA